UUGAAUCUUGAAAUUUUUCUUCAACGAUCCGAAGAAAAACACCCACAUCGUUAACUUACGUAAACCAUUAAUCUUUCUCUCUCGCCGGAAAAAAUGGUGGUGAAUGUGAUCAAAUGGAGACCAUGGCCCCCGCUUCUGUCAAAGAAAUUCAAGGUGAAAUUGGUGGUGAAGAAGAUGGAGGGGGGAAGUUGUGAUCCUGUGCAUGCGGACCCAGAGAAGGAUAAUCAUAGGGCUGUGGAAAUCAGGUGGAAGGGACCCAAGAUCACCUUGAGUUCUUUUAGGAGAACAGUGAAGAGGAAUUUCACAAGGGAGGAGAAGGUUCUUGACCCAAACGGCGUCGUACAAUGGGAUGAAGAAUUUCAUACAAUUUGUACCCUUUCCGGGUCUAAAGACAGUGCCUUUAAUCCUUGGGAGAUUGGUUUUACUAUUUUGAAUGGAUUAAACCCUGGACCGAAAAACAAGGUUCCCAUAAUUGGAACAGCGUCUUUGAAUCUUGCUGACUUUGCUUCUUCUGCUGCUGAAGAAAAGGAUCUCGAGCUCACCAUUCCUCUCACCAUUGCUUGCGGACCAUCUGAGCCUCGCCCUUCUCUUCAUAUACAGCUUAGUUUAAUGGAGUUGAGUGCUGAUCAAGAAUCUGCAGAACCUUCGCAGAGUCAAAGUCAAACAUCAGAAAGUUCUUCAGGAGAGAAAGACGAGCUUUCUGCACUCAAAGCCGGAUUAAGAAAAGUUAGGAUCUUUACAGAAUACGUAUCAAUUAGGCGAGGAAAGAAAACUUUACGUGAGGAUGAUCAUGACAGUAGGAGUGAGGAGGGCGAUUUGUCCUACCGUUUUGACUCAGAAUCACUUGAUGAAUCUGAAGAAGGUGAAUCGAAUGAAGGCAAAGAGGAUGAUGAUUCUACUUUCAGGAAGUCAUUUAGCUAUGGAACGCUGGCAUAUGCAAAUUGCACCGGAGGCUCUCUUUAUGAAGACGGUGUUUACUACAGUAAUCGUAAAUCUGAUGUGGGUUGCUCUCAAAAUGAAGAUUCAACAGCUUCUGUUUCUGAACCAUAUGUGAUUCAGAAUACCAAACGUAGCAUCUUGCCAUGGAAGAAGCGUAAACUGAACUUGAGAUCACCAAAAACUAAGGGCGAACCACUCUUAAAGAAAGCAUAUGCUGAAGAAGGUGGCGAUGACAUCGACUUUGACCGGCGCCAGCUCAGCUCCGAUGUGUCUCUUGGGUGGCAUAAGCUGAAUGAAGACUCGUAUGCGAAUCGAUCAUCGAUAUCUGAGUUUGGGGAUGACAGUUUUGCUGUUGGAAACUGGGAACAGACGGAUAUUGUUAGCCGUGACAAGCACAUGAAACUUCAGACGCAAGUUUUCUUUGCUUCAAUCGAUCAGCGGAGUGAAAGAGCAGCUGGAGAGAGUGCUUGCACUGCCCUCGUGGCAGUGAUCGCUGAUUGGUUCCAAAACAACCGUGAUCUCAUGCCGAUUAAGUCCCAACUUGACUCUCUCAUUCGAGAAGGCUCGUUAGAGUGGCGGAACCUCUGCGAAAACGAAACUUACAGGGUCCGGUUUCCUGACAAACACUUUGAUCUUGAAACUGUCCUUGAAGCCAAUCUACGCCCUCUGUCUGUCGAUCCAGGAAAAUCUUUUAUCGGGUUUUUCCAUCCCGAAGAAAUCGAAGAGGGUAGUUUCGACUUUUUGCAUGGUGCGAUGUCUUUCGAUACUAUGUGGGACGAGAUCAGUCGUGAGUUGGAGCUUCCUAGCAAGGACGAACCACGAAUUUACAUAGUGAGCUGGAACGAUCACUUCUUUGUCUUGAAAGUCGACUCUGAAGCUUAUUAUAUCAUCGACACUUUGGGAGAGAGGCUCUUUGAGGGAUGCAAUCAAGCGUAUAUCUUGAAAUUUGACCGAACCACCACUAUUUACGAACUUCUUGACUCUGAUCCCACUGAACCAGCAGCCGGUUCUGAUGGUUCAACCAGAAAGUCAACUACAGAAACCCCGGAAGCGGUCAAGAAUCUGAAUGAAAAUGAAGUUAUUUGUGAAGGAAAAGAAUCUUGCAAGGAGUAUAUCAAAAGCUUCUUGGCAGCCAUUCCUAUCAGAGAACUGCAAGCAGAUAUGAAGAAAGGUUUACUUUCAUCGACACCGCUCCAUCACAGGCUACAGAUUGAGUUUCACUACACUCGGUUACAACCACCACCUGCCGCCGCCAACCCUGACCCUGACCCUGUCCCUGUCCCUGUCCCAGCCACAGCCAUCUCAGCACCGGCAGCCGAUGACUCAGCAAAUCCGGCUGCUACAUAGGAUAGUUUCACAAAGGGCAAUGUGAGUUUUAGGUUUAAAGUUGAAACUAGCUUUGUUUUUACAAGUUCUUGUUUUUCUUGUCUGUGUUCAUAGUUUUUGUGUUGAGAAUCUUGGAAUGGAAAGGGAAAGGGAAUCCCAAGUGUGUAGUCUCUGUUUCCAUUGGUGCAAAUGAAGAUGUUGACCU